AUGAUUUGGGUAUUAUUAACAAUAGUAAACUUAAUCCUGGGAAAAAGCUACCGGGUGCCAAGCUUUGAUGAUUUUUUGCAGAAAUAUGAAAAGCACUAUGAGAGUACGGAAGAAUAUAUGUUGAGGAAGAGAAUAUACGAAGAAAACGUGAAAUAUAUAAAAAAUAUAAAUAAUGGGGAGAAUGAUGAAGGAAUUAUAAAUUGGUUUUCGGAUACAGAAGUUGGCAGUAGAAAAGAAAAGAAGGUAUCUGAAGAAAGAGUCGCAAGCUAUCCACCAGAAUGGGACUGGACUUUGAUGGAAGCAGUCACAGAAGUGAAAAAUGAAAGAGGCUGCAACAGUUCCUAUAUUUUUGCAGCUGUAGGAGCUGUAGAGUCACUGCUUUAUCUCCAAGGGAAAACUAAUGGAACUCUUUAUGAGAUGUCUGAACAAGUGAUUCUUGACUGUGACAAAAAGGCAACUUGCAAAGGAGAAGAUAUCGCAGUCCCGCUUGACUUCAUGCAGAGCAUGGGAACUGUAAUUGAAGCUUUUUACCCAUACGAAGGAAACAGCUACCGGUGCCAAUUUGACUUGAUGCCGCCUGACCUUUUAUUUAAUAUUUCUGGAUAUAGGCAAAUUCAGCCAAAUAAUUACACUGCACUAUACGAAGCAAUUACAAUAAAUCCGGUUGUGGUCUUUAUGAAUAUUAUAAUAAUAAAAUGGCGUCGAAGAGAAUUUCUCUUUGAGGAAUUUUCUUUCCUUUACUCCCCACGUGAGCGAACAAAAAAAUCUUGUUAGCUCACUGAGGGAGUUAAUUUUUUUUUUUUAAAAUUUUAUAUAUACAUUUUAAAGAAAAAAUCCCACUUCUCGAAAAUUGGAAGGCAAAUAUUAAUUUUAUUUUAUGUUUUAAAAAUAUAAUUUGUUUAAAAUUAAACAGAAUUAGAUCGAGAUUUCAUGAUACAAGUUAUAGAAAUUGCCCGAGGAUGGCGCUAUUUUGCGCCAUCCUCGGGGCAAUUUCUAUAUCACUUAUAUAUUAAAAUUUUUUCCCAUAAAAAAUUCUUGUUCUUUCAGGAGGGUGGGGGUUUUUGGCAAAAAAUAAGAAUUUUUCUAAUGGCUUUUUAGGCUUACGGAGAGGGGGAGUGAAGCAAUUUUAUUAUUAUAGGGUUCAGUUUUUCCCAGUGAGACCUUAUCCAGCAAUAUCAGGCAAACAACGGGAAGGGGUGCACAGCUCCUGGCCUGAUCCUUGGAUGUUUGGUGGGCACAAAGUUUUAUUGCUUGACACUCCCGAGGAGGGAGAUCCACAGGCAGCACACUGCGCAGAAGUCAAGUUUGAGCGAGGUAGCGCAGCCGUGAGAUUUGGUAGCUAAUUGGCUGUCACUUGCUUUGGAUGGUCCGUCAACCCGAUAAAAAGGGUGACGUCACCAAUUGGUGUCUAUUGGGGUGAACCCUUGUGACCUUGUUAAAUCACGCUGCAGAGCUGGAGAAACACGUUAAAUACUCUAAGUAAUGCUAAUGUGGUCUUUAUGAAUAUUGGAUCUGAAGACUUUUUCUCAUAUGAGGCAGGAGUUUAUGGUGAAGAUCUGUGUCAGGCUUCUCCACUGAACCAUGCUAUGCUUGCUGUUGGGUAUAGUGAAGGGGAAUUUAUAAAAUUCAAAAAUUCUUGGGGUCCAAACUGGGGUAUGGAAGGAUAUGUGCUGAUUGAAGUUAAUAGUGCUAAUGAAAGCAAAGGCGGGACGUGCGGGAUACUAAAAUAUGGGUUAACCCCAUAUCUUUAA